AUGGCAACCAAUGAUUCAAGUUCGACGAAGGUUAAGGAAGCUGAAUCCUCGAGUGUUGAUCAUGUUGAGUUCCAACAUGACCCGGAAAAUGAAGCAAACCUUGACAAAAAACUGGUUCGCCGCAUCGAUUACCACCUCCUUCCCUGGCUUUGUCUUCUCUACGCGUUGUCAUUGAUUGAUCGCACCAAUAUCUCCUCUGCGAAGAUAGCGGGGAUGUCUGAGGAUUUGAAUCUCAUCGGUAAUCGAUACUCUGUCGCUCUCGUCGUUUUUUUCGCUCCAUAUCUUCUCAGUGAAUUGCCCAGCAACCUCAUCAUUCGUCGUGUCGGUACAAGGUACUAUCUCUCCUUCCUCAUUGUCUCGUGGGGAACCAUAUCCAUGUGCCAUGGAUUUGUGACCCGAUAUUCACAACUAAUUGGAGUGAGACUUCUUCUGGGGCUUUUUGAGGGGGGCUUUAAUCCCGGCUGCAUAUAUCUGAUUUCUUCUUGGUAUAAACGAUAUGAAACGCAGCAACGCCUGUCCUUAUGGUAUAUGUCUGGCUCGAUAAUUUCGGGGUUCAAUGGGAUAAUAUCUUACGGAUUGAGCACGCUAGAUGGGCUCGGGGGACGACGAGGCUGGAAUUGGAUAUUCAUCAUUCCCGGUGCUAUUACGGUCUUCCUUGCAAUUCCGCUCUUAUUAUUCCUGACAGACUUUCCCGAAAGUUCAUCAUGGUUGAGUGCCAGUGAUCUCCAGCGGGUCCAGGAAAGGCUUCGAGAGGACCGCGGUGAACGGCUCGAUGAUAAGAUUAGCUUUCGGAAAGUUUUGAAAGAUCUUCGAGAUUGGCGGGUAUGGGUAUUGGCAAGUCUACUUUUCUUUCCUACGGCUGGGUCCUACACAAUGGCCUUUUUUACCCCGUCUAUUCUCUCUGGACUUGGGUAUGACACAGCUUUGAGUCAAAUCCUUGUCACCCCGCCAUAUCUAUUGGCUGCAAUAUUCGCCAUCGUAACUGGAAUCAUCUCUGACCGUGUGCGUACGCGCAGCCCUUUCAUCAUCGGCUUCUCGAUUGUUACUCUUGCGGGGGUUAUAAUGAUAGGCUGGGGUAAAAAUACUGCUUGCAAAAUGGCUGGAAUAUUUCUUGCCGUUGUGGGGAAUAAUUGUGCCAUUCCUACUGUCUUAGCCUUUUUGUCUAACAACAUUGUUGGAUCCAGCAAGAGGCAGAUUGCGGUUCCUCUCCAGACAAGCUUCGGUGCCCUGGGAGGAAUAUUUGGAUCAUUGGUUUUUCGAGAACAGGAUUAUCCCGCUUAUCGGCCUGGGAUAUAUGCCUCUAUCGCUUGCAUUGUCAUGUGUAUUAUGAUCACUCUUGGUAUUACCUUUUAUUUCCAUCGUGAGAAUGAAGCGGCUGAUAAGAGGGGCAAAAUUCUCGAGGGGCUUGAAGGGUAUCGCUACACUCUUUGA